AUGGUCAACCUCCUCACUCUGUCCUUCGCCGCGAUGGCUCUCACUCCCCUCGCCGGCGCCGUUCCCACCACCCGCGAUGUAGCCUCUGCUCCUGCGCCCUUCUCCUUCGCCAAAUGGGUAGACGAGAUCAUCGCCAAACCCGAAGAGGCAGCCACUCCUCAGCAGGCUCUCGACGCUUAUUAUGCCUAUGUCAACAACACCUCCACCGACAAUGUUCUCCCCGAAACAGCCUCCAAGAUGCACAAGCGGGCCAUGUGCAACACAGUCGUUGGCAAACAAGCACCGAUCCCCGACGCAGUCGAAUGCAUCAACUACCUCGCCCGCCUUAACACACAGACAUGCGAGGUCUACAGGGGCACGGAUCACGUCUCGUUCGUCGUGCGUGGCAAUGCUGAGAUGAUUGGAGUCAGGCCGGAUACCAAUGGUGCUUCGACGAUUUGCAACAACGUCGCCCGCGCCGGCGGUAAAAUCAUGGACGCCUGCUCCCGAGCGGACAACACGGUAGAAGGUGAGGAGAUCACACCGGAUGCUGCGGCGAUUGCUGUGCACAUUAUCAGAAGGGGUGGAUAUUGAAGAAAGAAAGGAACCAAUAUCGGCUCCUUUGUUCUCUGGGGCUGUAACCAGAGAAUAUGAAGAUGUAUGUCAUCACCAAGCGUCUGGGCGGUUUAGGCCGUGUCAGAUCGGUUGGGAUGUUGGGAUUGUGUAGAGAUCUGGGCGCGAGGCUGAUAGGAAAGCGCAACUUGACGUAUCUAGGCCUUAUAGGUCCCACUACUUCUGUCGUUGUUCCUGCAGAAUUGGUAGAACUAGCUGGCAGAAUACAGUUCCCUGGGGCUGUUGUUAUGCCUAAUAUACGUCC